AUGUCAGUCCUCACUUCUCCCAGAGGGAAGGUAGAAGUGGUUCAUUGCCGAAGAACAGAAUCCCAGGAUAUCUUUUGUAUCAAAAGCCUCAUUAGAAAAUUUACUCAGAAGCUCUUUGGGAGGAUAAAUAUCAUCUAUCUUCUAGAAAAAGCAAACCUUGCUGUUACCCUCUGUAAUGAUAAGGAGGAGAUCAUGGCCCAUGGCAUCUUCUUGGACUACCCCAACUGGAAUGUUGCCCAGCAGGACAAUUGGGUGUCCGUGUUCGAGGAGCUUGACAAUGAAAUCCCGUGCACACCUCUGAAUACACUGUUUAUGCACUUCUUCGUGGCUGUGGACGAGUAUUCCACUGGCUGCCUCAAAGAGAUCAUUCGGACUGUGUUCAAGGCAGUGCCAGAACUAUACUUCAUAUUCCUUAUAGUGCCAACAUACGUGAGCCUAGGUUCAACCCUGAUAACUGUGUUUGACCUAGUGGGGAACAUUCCAUGUUUGACCUAUGAUGAAGAUUUUGCAGUGCACAUAUGUCACAGGCAUGACCACUACCCUCAGCUGCAUAUUCGCAAAGCCAGGGUAGAAGACCAUGACGAUCUCAUGCCAAUAUUUAUGCACUAUGACAACACGCUGAGAGAAAUUUAUGGCGAAUACUUCCUGGCUGAACUAAUAGAGGCCCAAGACGAAGAGAAUCAUGCUGUGGUGUGUGAGGUGGAAGGCAAGGCCGUUGGGUUCAUGAGCGUGUGCUCCAGCGUGAACUUGCCCCUGCUGCACGAGUGCUUUGACCUGGGCCCUUUCCAUGGGUUCUGUGUCCCACAUACUGACGAUCUUCUGGAACCAUCAAGAGAGUCAAGUUUGAAAGAAAGCCAAGAUACAGAAACCAAGAGCGAAAGCCAGGGUUCUCAGAAAGCAGCUGAGGAACCAGGAAGAAAUGCUUCUUCAGAGGUCUUGGAGACUCAGGAGAAAGAUGAAGAAUCUUCUUCGUCUGGGGAUUUACUGUCAGGGGACAUCAGUAGACACUCUGAUGAAGUGCAGGAUGUGGAACAGAAGUUAAGCGUGCUCUCCAACGUGGGUGAUGAGGACCUCACUUUGAGCAGUGAGAGCUCCCUGCCAUCCUUCCUGUUCCCCGAGGAAUCCUCCCACUUCCGCCCCAUCUACCUGGGAGAAUCCUCUGCGUUUUGCAUUCAGCUCUUUUGUAUCGAUGAGAAGUACGAGGCAAGGUCCCUGGAUUUUAUGAGUUUUGUUUUCAGUCUUUUUCCUGGAAAGAACUUCUGCUUGAUAUCUGUGCCCCAUCUCACCCCUGAGUUUGUCCUCAUCCAGAACUUUGUAAAGGUCGUCCCGUUCAACAAUUGCACCCUGGAGCAUGAUCUCUAUGUGUUCCAUCGAGCUGGAUUGCUUAGGUCCAUUAAGAUAAGAUUAGCCUCUCUUGUGGAUACUGCUGGUGUUGAAAACCUUGUCAGCACCCUCGUGCUGAGUAGACAGAUACUGGAUGAUUUCUCCCAGUACACUGAGGCUUGCAGAGAUCCCGAUGGAACAGCUCUGCAGGUGUUUGUAGCUGAAGUUGCAAACCAGAUAGUUGGCAUUGCCGUGAUCAGAAAAGAAAUGGAUAUAGAGUACAUACGAUCUCAUUAUAACAUCGAGGAUUUCAUCUACUUCAGCCACCACCAGCAAGAAGAACAUGGGCGCUUGAACCAUUUUGCCCUGAACCCUAUUUUCCGACACUACACCAAGUUUUUCCUGAAGGAGAUCCUUCGCUUAGGCUAUAAGUCAUGUCUAUACUACCCCAUAUACCCACAAUCUCGGGAGAACAAGAUCCAGAACUCCUACGCCCACUCCCUAACAUCUGCCCUUCAUUACUUGGUUCCCGUGCGACCACGACGACAGAUUGUCUAUCCUCUGGAAAAGCUUGGCAUAAACGCUCCAUCAAAGGAGGUCUCCAAGGAUCAGCCGAGUUAUGCCUUAAACCACACAAACAGGAAAUUAACAUUAGAACCGAAAGUCACGGUCAACGCCAGAAUCGUUGUGGUUGGCGCAUCCAGUGUUGGAAUUUCGUUUCUUGAGACACUGGUGUUUUGCUCUCACCUGAAGUUCAAUAAUCUCACCCUGAUCUCAACUCACGGACUCCCAGGAAAAAAACUUCUGGGCAGCGAACAAAGGAAGUUCCUAGCAAGCGACCACUCUUUUAGUGAUAAAGAUUAUGCGCUGAUGUCGCUGUGCUCCUGGGUUAACGUUGUGGUGGGGAGAAUGACGGGCAUAGACCGGGCAGCCAAGCACGUUGUGGUUUCCAAGAACGAGAUCGUGUUCUACGACCACCUCAUUCUCUGUACCGGGCAGCAGUACCAGGUUCCAUGCCCCACAGGGGCUGAUAUCAAUAAACAUCUGACGAACAGAGAAGUUGUGGAGAAGAGAGAGCUAAGGUACACUGGGAAAGUCCCGCAAAACCUCUUCAUUCUCAAUGACGAGGAAGACUGUGUUAAGGCACUCAUUUGGAUGAGAAGCAACUCCAUCCUCACAGAAGGGAAGGUCAUUGUCUAUGGGAAUACAAUUGACGCUUAUACGGCAGUGGAGACACUCUUGCACAUUGGCAUGAAGGGGGCGUGCAUCUACUUCGUACAUCCCCCAGCCGAUUCCAACAUAACCUGCUUCAACAACUAUGUGAUAGAGAGUGCCUUGCAAGAUGCACUCACUGCCGCUGGGGUGACUGUCUAUAAGGACUCGCUGUUGGCUCAGUGGAACGACGGCCAGGACCCAGAUCCCAUCCACAGCGCCAGCUUCACCACUUCCACCAAGCCUUUCCGACUGGAGUGCUCAGUAUUCUUCAGCUUCUACAAGAAAAAUGUGGAUUAUGAAACAUUUAAAGCCUUUAAUGAUGCAUGCCUUGUCUAUGAUGGCCGACUUGUGAUCGACACCACCUUCCACACCAAUGACAUAGCCAUCAGAGCUGCUGGCCCCCUCACUAAAUUCUCGAACCGAUAUUACUCAAACGAGUGGACCCACAGCAACUUCAGUUCCAAAGAAAUUGGCUUCCAGCUGGCAGCAGCUAUGCUCAGUCUCUUUGACCCAACCCUUGAGCCUAUGAUUGAACCACCAGCUGACCUUGACCGCCUCAUCCCCAUGUACAAGGGAGCCAAGAUCCAAGGUGGCAUUCUUCCUGGGUCUUAUCAUUAUCUGCAUAUUGCCAAACCUACCAUACCAAGUCCCUUGGAUGUUCAAAGAUCACAGCCUGAUUUCGGUUCAGAAAUAAUUACCGGCAAUGCGAAGGAUGGGACAUAUUUCCGACUGUACAUGAGCAAGUAUAAGUUGGUGGAGGCCAUCACGUGCUUUUCAAAGGAGCCUUUCCCAGUCUCCAACUACAUCCGCUUGUUUGGCCAGCACGAGCAAGUCCUCAACAACCUGUGCGUUCGCUUUGAUGACAAGCUCAUUCCAGAUCUCUACAGCUACUUCACGGAGCCGUGGUGCAUGGCCCUCUUCCACGAUCGUUUUAUUGAUCUCAGGAAAGAGUUGCGCCAAAUCUUAAACUCUAAGCAGGAGGCCGACAAGCCUUCCAUGGAGCAGCUGGCCUACAAGAUAGUGGAUGAGGAAAUAAACCUGAAUGAGAAGCCCCAGAAAUACCUCCAAAGGGUUUUCGAGGAGUCCAUCUACAAAAACCUACUGGAGAAGAGCAUCCUGGAUUACCUUCAUUACAACCAGUCCCACCUGCCCAUGUACGCGUGGCCCGGCAUCAUUUAACUGCAGCCAGAGGUCCCGCUGGCAUCACUUCCUCUCUCAGGCAGCAAGUUCUGAGAAAAUUCCGCAGACUCCGGUGGAGACUCACCACCACUGCUGGACUGCACCUGCUGAAGGGUGGUUGAAGCGUGCAGGUGUCUGAGCGCGCAGCCUCACUUUCCAAGUUUCCA